ACACGCAAGUUAAUUUACAGAGCUAUCGUUGUAAUUGCUUGAAAGCAUCAAGUUUACGAUUCAUAUGUUUCAUCAUUGACUGGCGAAUAAUGCGUUGUUUGUCAUUUCGUUUACACGUAUUUCUGCCUCGAGCUUUGAAGUCACAGGUUCUUUUGUCCAACCGGAGUGUCAAGUUUCCAGAAAGGUUAACUGUUCUCUCGAACAAAUAUAAAGUAUAUUUGGAAACCAGAACGUUUAUGAGUCUUCAAAAAGAGAGACAGGCGCCCAGUGAAGACGAGUUACAAAAAAAACUUUCGAGCUUCGAAUACCAUGUUUUGAGAGAAGGAGGUACAGAGAGGGCGUUUACUGGUGAAUAUUGGGAUUGCCAUAAAAAAGGUGUAUAUGAGUGUCGUGCUUGUGGCCAACCACUUUUCCGUUCAGAGACAAAGUAUGACUCUGGCUCAGGUUGGCCAUCUUUCUUCGCCCCUAUUGACGAAGACGCUGUAAAAACGCGUGUAGACUCUUCGCAUGGUAUGGUGCGCACUGAAGCACUUUGCUCAGUUUGUAAUAGUCACCUUGGACAUGUUUUUCCAGAUGGACCUACUCCAACAGGACUUCGUUAUUGCAUGAACUCAGUUUGUUUGAAGUUGAAAGAAGAAUAGAAGGGCUUUUUGGUUUUUAUAUACUGCAUAGUGAGAGUAGCAGCUUCAGUAGUAUUAAAGAUGGAAAUUUGUUGAAAUGGAAAAUUCAUUCAUC